ACAACACCCUCCGUGGUCACUUGUUAUCUCCACCGGAAGUUUUAUUUCUUGCAGGAUAAGUGUUUGCGGUACAAAGUAUAUUGUGCUGAAUGCCUAUCAAACUUUUUGCUUCCUCUGCUUGAAUACGGAACGAGGGGCCAAAUGCGCCCCAUCCUACCAGCAGUAAUCCCUGGUGGUGACGUCACCCACCCCAUCUCCAAACGGGACAAGGCGCAGCGACUCAGUGGUCUAGUUUAGCGUUUGCUGUGCAUCCCUGGACGCAACAUCCCCAUAAGCUGAACUUGUACACAUUCUCCAACCUCGGGAAGUUUGGGAGAGAAGAACAAUGGGUUGCUUUGAGUGCUGUAUCAAGUGUCUGGGCGGCGUCCCGUACGCCUCUCUGGUGGCCACCAUCCUCUGCUUCUCAGGAGUGGCCCUCUUCUGUGGCUGCGGCCAUGUGGCCCUCACUGGCACCGUCACCAUUCUGGAGAACCACUUCUCCAAGAUCACCAGCGACCACACCAUGCUCACAGAUGUAAUCCAGCUCAUGCAGUACGUCAUCUAUGGCAUCGCCUCCUUUUUCUUCCUGUACGGGAUCAUCCUGCUGGCCGAGGGCUUCUACACCACCAGUGCCGUCAAGGAGCUGCACAGCGAGUUCAAGACCACCAUCUGUGGCCGCUGCAUCAGUGGAAUGUUUGUGUUCCUUACUUACAUCCUGGGCGUGGCCUGGCUUGGGGUGUUUGGCUUCUCGGCAGUUCCCGUGUUCCUCUUCUACAACAUGUGGUCCACCUGUGCAGCCAUGAGGUCACCUGUGGCCAACCUCACCUCUGUGGACUCCAUCUGUGUUGACGUCCGACAGUAUGGAAUUAUUCCAUGGAAUGCAACUCCAGGAAAGGCUUGUGGGAUCACACUAAGCGACAUCUGUAAUACCAGUGAGUUCUACCUGUCCUACCACCUGUACAUUGUAGCUUGCGCUGGAGCAGGAGCCACCGUCAUUGCUCUGAUCCACUUCCUCAUGAUUCUCGCAGCAAAUUGGGCCUACCUUAAGGACGCAAGUCAUAUGCAUGCGUACCAAGACAUCAAAAUGAAGGAAGAGCGGGAGCUGCAAGACAUCCAGUCGCGCUCAAAGGAAUGCCUCAAUUCCUACUCUUAAGGAUUACACAGCACGGCCCCAGCCCCCCACCCCAACCCCCUCACAACCCCACUGCCAAGGCCAGCUCCUAGGGGUCGGACCAGGAGAAAACACUGCUCCAAAUAUCUGCCUACUGUCUACACACAGUACAACACAGCACAGCACUAACCUGGCUCCUAACAAACUAAUGCAUUCGUGUCGCUUCUGCACUAACUCUCAGAGCAGUUUGUUGGAACUCUUUGUUUGAUAAACCAUUUCAAACAUUGUUUUGCUUUUCAUCAUGUUGAAAUAUAUCUGUUGGGACACUCUGUUCUUUUCUUACUUUUGCUGUAGCCCUGUCUAUAACUCUAGCCAGUCAUUGCUAGAGAAGCUUGAAACAUUGCACUACUUGUUCUAUCGAGAGCAGUUAGGUUAUAGGGCAGACCAGUUAGCCCAUUAACGAGGGAAUACAGAAUAAUUUGUUCCCUUGUCAAAGAUGCCAUUUUGAUUAUGAUACAUAGUACAUCAUACUGUACGCCUUACUAAAUCACAGAUGAACAAAACAAACUAGUGCAAUGUGGGGGUGUUUGAACUUGCACAAACACUUUGAUAUGUUUGGUCUUGGCUCUCUAAAUAUUGUGUCUGUGGGCAGUGGUGGGCCACACAGCAUGCCCAGCAUGGCUCUCCACUGCUGUGUAUGAAUAUGUAUGUGUUUGGCUUCCUAGGACACACCCUCUGUUGCCUUGCUGCACAAAAACAAAACAUACUGAAAAGAAGAUAGUAUUUUGGGGCUUCCACUGAAUGCAUAAUUAUCAUGCAAGUUUCCUGCAUAGACAGUUUCCUUUGACAGUAGGCAGCCCAAGUCAAAUUUCACAGUUCCAUCGUUUAGCCCUGAGGGAAAUUAUGUGAAUGACUGAUCCCCUGAAGAAGAAAAAACUACCUCAGGUGUACUGAUGUGAGCUCAUGUAGAAUAAUUUUUAACUAUAGAUUAAUACUUUGCUCAUAUACUACAUUACUGUAGUCUGAAAGCAAUGUAGCUAUAGCACCAUAGCUUUUAAGAAAAGUCAUCAAAACCAUAAUAAAAAAUCCAAUUGUAGUUCACAGGAAACCACUAUGGAAGAAUAAAGCUUUCCACACUGACCAAAUUAUUGGAAAUAACAAAAAAUAGUAGCAUUGACCACUUUGCCAUUGCCAAUCUGAGCAGUUCCACUGGGUAGCUGAGAUGGAGAGGAUUUGCAUUUUGGAAGGACAUCAAGCUGCAGUCAUGUGGUUAGAUUGACUGGUUGCACUGAAACUGUUACUAAUUUAGAUGAAAUGUCCUACGCAGCUGUGACACUAUGUCUUCCUUCCAGAGAGUUGCGUAAUAAGCCUGAACGAAACAAAUAAGAAUGGAAAAAAUAGAGAAGGUGCUUUUAAGAAAUGUGAGAAUGUUGACACCUGCAGCCAGACCUAGGUGAGCUGAAAGUCAGGUUGUGGACCAUUUUAUGGACAUGACAAUGUUAAGAUAUAUGACGUCAGUAUUUUUUGUUUAUGUAGUGUUUUUUUACUGAAAAAAAAAAUAUAUGACAAAAAAAAGAAAAAAAAUCCUCGAUUGCAUUUCAGUAUGCUUUUGAUGGGCAAUUGUUAACUGACAAAAUGACUGAUGUACUAUCUGUUUUCUGCUAGCUAGAGGAGAUUUACAGGGAUGCUAUUGUUCUGAUGUUUACUCUUUAUUGCAUGAAGGAAACAAGUGUUUUUGCAGUAAUACAGGUGAUGUGUAGUCAUUUGUACUGACAUCUAUGGUAGGCAGUGUGUGCCCAAGUCCUCAUCUUUCCCUUUAUUAUUGUUAACAAUGACAAAUAAUCCAUUAUAUGUCAAAGGUAUACUAGUUAUAGCUGACUUGAAGUCAUAUUUUUUAUUGUUGAUUUCAUCAUUAUGACUCUUGUAUAGUACUGAUUUUGUAACCCAAUAGUGUAUCCUUAUUUUCUAAAAAUGUUGAGGGCUUUCUUGAGAUUUUUACUUUUAAUUACAUGUAUUAUAUUGAUGUAAAACAGUACUUUGUUAUCAAAUUAAUUUCUAUGAUGGCAUCCAUUGGUUAUUACAAAGUUUACUCCUAGUUUAAUUGAGACAAAUGAGGCAAGAAUGGCCCAGAAUGUUACAUGGAUACUACCAUGUACAGUGAUUGUUUAGUCCUCUGGACUUUGAUUUAAUCUUUGACCAAAUUGUGUUUUAAUCUUUUAUGAAUAUUGGGAAGGGGUAGUCUCAAAUGUGUAGUUGCGUAUGAGUGUAUCUUCAUUAUUUAAGUGUUUUUGAGCUUUAAAGGACAAAAACAUGAUGCGGAACAUUUAAAGAGAACAACCUAAUCAAGCAACUAAUCAAAAAAUAAUUUUAAAAAGCUUCCCACUGCCCAGUGAGUCUGGAGGACAUCUCCCACACUCCCUCACAGAAAGGCAACUAUGUCCACCAUCUUCCACUCCCUCACAGAAAGGCAACUAUGUCCACUAUCUUAUUUUGCAAGUGAUACCAUUGGACAUUUGCCAACCAGCCUGGUACUUGUUUUUAUGACAUGAAAAUAAAGCCACUAAAUUCA